CGUGUUCUGUUCAGUCUUGGUUAGAGCUGGGGCUUUGGCCAGCAAUAUGUCUCACAACUGGCAUACAUCUGUGGUGACAGUGGGCUGCAGCGGGAUUACCCAUAUUCGAAAGGCUCCGGCUGGGCAGCAGGUUCCUGGCGAGCCCCAGGCUUUAGGCCCAAGGGGUGGGCGUCGGAUGCACCGGAGCACACUGACGCUUGGUGACCCACAGGCAUGUGGGAGAAGCUACACCACCACACACACCCAGAGUUACUGUGGGCGGACAGCAGACGGACACCCACUGGUCUUCUUUCCCAGAGAUCCCGCCUACCCCUCCCAGCAGACUACUCAGAUAAACCUGAGCGACAGGCCCACUAACCAAUUGCAGACACACAGCAGAGAUGUCCAUGGCCUCAAGGACAUCAUCCCGUUCAAUGUUCUGCACAGGCUGGGUCAGAAUAACUUGUCCCGUAACCGUCAGGGCGUGGCCAUGAAAGAGGUGACCAAUCCCAACGAGCCCACCCCUUACUGGACAACCUACCGCAGCGAGCACAGGGGUCCAGGGCCCACCCCCUCCAGUUCAAAUGGCAGACCCACAAUGUGGCACCAGCACGAUAUACUCACAGGUGAGGCCAGAACUCCAGCUGGUCCCGGUAAAGCUAGGAGGCAGUCUUUAGACAGAGUCCUGUGGGCCACACGGCGCUGGGAGACGGGAUGCUGCGCUCUCCGACUCUACUGAACACACAUUCUACUAAACACAUACACGCACCGCACACAACAGAACGCGCUCUACUAAACACAUACACAACUGAACGUGCACUCUGACCAAACUAAAACACACAGUCCUCAGACGAGGGUCAAACGCAACCCUUGACAUAUUUGUUUUGCUCAAUAAAC